AAACUGCGACUGCCAUUCCACUGCGGCGCUGCGUCUUGUACUUGGCGGUGGCGUGGUGGAUGGGAGAGAGCGAGAGGUUUUAAGCUGGCCCUUCCUUCCUUGCCUCCGACCUUACAUAGACAUGCAUGGUCCCCCUCCGGCCCGACCUCACAAGCAUCGCGCGCCCUUCCCCUUAAAACCGCACCAACUCGUAGCCAAGUUCCUCACAUAGCGCACAAACACUACAGAGAGACGAGAGACGCUCCAAGUCAAGCUAGCUAGGCGCGAAGAAUUCUCCGGGCUCACGUACGUAGCAUAGCAGGCUAGGUGUCUCGCCGUCCAUGGCGACGCCGCAGGAGGUGCGCAGGGUCGACUCCUUCUCGCAGCUGCCGUUCAUCAGGCCGGCGGCCGCGACGGCGCAGCAGCAGCAGCAGCAGCAGCAGCAGGCGAGGGACACCAUCCGGCUCUUCGGCCGUGAGUUCUCCAACAACGACGCCCUCCUGCAGCAGCAGCGCAAGCAGGAGGCCGGCGCCGGCUCCCCGGACGCCACCAACGGGAGCACCGUCACGUCCGAGGGCAACGGCGGCGGUGGCGCCAAGGGCGGCGCGUCUGGGGCGGCGGCCGGGGAGACGAGGAAGUUCGAGUGCCACUACUGCUGCCGCAACUUCCCGACGUCGCAGGCGCUGGGCGGGCACCAGAACGCGCACAAGCGGGAGCGCCAGCACGCCAAGCGGGCCCACCUGCAGGCCUCCCUCGCCAUGCACCGCUACGUCCCCGGCGGCCACCACAUGUACGGCGCCCUCCUCAACUACCACCACCACCACCCCGCCGCCGCCCGCUACGACCAGCCGCCGCCGCACUACCCGAUGUGGACGACCGCUUCCAUGGGGCCCUACGGCGGGGGCGGCCCGGGCUCCAUGUCGCAGCCCAUCGACGGCAGCCCCGUCGCGCAGGGGCACUGGAGGGUGCCCCUGCCGGCCGUGGAGAACUUCGGCGCGGCCGUCCGUCACGGCGCCGCAGCCGACAUGCCGCCGGCCGUGGUGGUGCGGCCCGGGGAGGUGAUGACCUGCAAGGACGAGAAGGUGGUGAUGAGCCUGCUCUCCUCGUCGCCGUCCUUGUCGUCCUGCUCCUCCACGUCGCCGGAGAAGCUAGGUAGGUGUGAAUUGGGGCAGCAGGAGGCUCUUAGCUUGGACCUCCAUUUGUAACUCUUAUUUUUCUAGGUUUCUUUCUUCUUGUGAGUUGGCAGUAGUACGUUGCAAGUGCAUGUUGAUUCAAAAUAGCUUAAAUAAUCUCCACCGUUUUUGCCGUCUC